AUACAUAAAUUUAAAUGCUUCUAUACUCAAUAUUAAUUAUUGGAGAGUUAUAAGAAUAAAAUUAUGAAAAAAAGAGUCGUAAUAACUGGUAUGGGUGUCAUUUGUCCAUCUGGUGUCAAUAAAUAUACGUCAUGGAAAAAUAUUUUGUCGGGAAAAUCGUUUGUAAGGAAAUUGGACAAUGACCUUUACAAAAACGUUCCUUCCAAAAUCGCUGCGACUCUGGACGGACUGAAGGAUCUACCAGAACUAGUACCCAAAAGCAAAGUACGUACAAUGGCUCCUUCGACUCGUCUAGCUCUAAUUGCUGCUAAAGAAGCAGUCGAUGAUUCAAAAAUAUUUUUGUCUCCAGUUGAUAAAGAGAAUAUAGGGGUGAGUGUGGGAGUGGGAAUGGUGGAUUUAGAAGAUGUGUGUCAAACAGCCAAAGCUUUGGAAAUUAGUUACAGUAAAGUUAGUCCAUACUUCGUGCCACGCAUUCUACUCAAUAUGGCUGCUGGCCAAAUAAGCAUGACUUAUGGUCUACAAGGACCCAAUCAUGCUGUGUCUACUGCUUGUGCAACAGGAGCCCAUGCAAUUGGUGAUGGUUUCCGUUUUAUUCAGUAUGGACAAGCAAAAGCAAUGAUUUGUGGUGCUGCUGAAUCAUGUAUAAGUCCAUUAUCAAUCGCUUCUUUUUGUAGAAUACGAGCACUAUCUACUCAAAAUGAUACACCAGAAUUGGCAUCAAGACCGUUUGAUGUAAAUCGAGAUGGUUUCGUUAUUGGUGAAGGGUCUGCUAUGAUUAUACUAGAAGAAUUAGAACAUGCUAUUAAUAGAAAUGCUCAUAUUUAUGGAGAAGUUCUAGGUUAUGGCCUAUCUGGUGAUGCUUCACACUUAACAGCACCGCCAGAAAAUGGCCAAGGAGCUUUACUAGCUAUGACUAGAGCCAUUCUAGACGCCAAGGUAGACAAGAAACAAAUUACAUAUGUAAAUGCACAUGCCACUUCAACUCCAAUAGGAGAUGCAAUUGAAUUAACAGCAAUUAAAAGACUUUUUGAUGAGCACUGCAUUAAUGUACAUGUUUCAUCUACAAAAGGUAGUCAUGGCCAUUUACUAGGAUCUGCAGGUAAUUUAGAAAGUGUUUUUACAAUUCUUGCUUGUUAUGAAGGUGUCAUUCCACCUACUGCAAAUCUAAACAAUAUUUGCAAAGAAGCUGAAAAUUUAAUUUGUGUUACUAAAAGUCCAAUAGAAUGGAAACAAGAAAAAAGAAUAGCAAUAAAAAAUGCAUUUGGUUUUGGAGGUACAAAUGCAAGCAUAUGUUUUUCCAAUUUUAUUUUAUAAUUGUUUAACUAUAUGGAUCACAA